AUGGAAGGCAUCGUAGCACUCUUGCUCUCAUUAGCACUUCCAGUGUUAGCGCAAAUCCCUGCCGGCGUACAAGUCCCUCUGGCUGAGGAUUGCAGCGGCGAUGGUAGCAUUGUCUGCGUUAACAAAUAUGCUGCUGUACUUCCGUACCCUUUCUUCCGCAAUGUUUCCGCCAACGACUUUGAGCUUGAUUUCUACAAUACCACUGUCGCAACAGAAGACACUGGCUUCGAGCUGAUCGCUGGAGCUGACUUUGUCGUCUACAACCGCGAGCUAGGGUUGGAGUAUCUUGGUUCUGACCCAACCUACGAGUUUGUGUUCGAAGUCUCUUCAGCUGUGCACGAAGCGCCGGUCUAUGCUCCAGUGCAGAAUUUGCUGUUUAUAUCCCAACUAGCUCCACCCACAGGAGUUCUUCCUCAGCUUGUGGUAAAUCUCAACGUCGAUCCACCGACUCUCGAAGAAUACCUCCCUGAUCCUCCAAUCUACGCCCCCAACGGCGGCACCUUCCGCGAUGGCCUGGUCAUCUUCGGCGCCUCUGGCAGCAACGCCACUUCUCCUGGUGGCACGCAAUACGUCUCAAUCCGGACGGUAGACCCAGCCACCAACAAAUCGACCGUGCUCCUUAACAACUACUUCGGCUCGUACUUCAAUAACAUUGACGACCUUGCCGUCCACCCUACUUCCCGAGAGAUCUUCUUCACCGACCCUUACUAUUCGUACUACAACGGCCUGACCGAUUACGCUCAACCGCAACUCCCGCCUGCCAGCUACCGCUUUAAUCCAGACAGCGGCGCAGUCGUCCUCAUCGACGACACGCUCAGAGAACCCAACGGCAUCGCCUUCAGCCCUGACGGCAGCACUCUGUACAUCAGCGACACCGGCGGGGUGGAAGGCUCCCGCACUCCUGGCGCCUUAGGCGGCAAGACGAUCUUCAACGCCACAGGUCCGCGAACAAUCUACGCUUUUGACGCCUCAAAUAACGGCACACUGAUCUCCAACAAACGCAGCUUCUACCUCGCGCAGGACUGGGUACCGGAUGGAGUGAAGGUCGCGGCGAACGGGGUUGUGUUGACGGGUGCAGGCAAGGGGGUGGAUGUAAUUGCGCCCACCGGUGAGCUGAUCUUGCGGAUUCAGACGAACUACACGGUGCAGAAUUUUGCAUGGGUGGGCAAGAAUCUGACUGAGUUGUGGAUCAUGGGGAACUAUGGGGUCAGUCGGGUUAGGUGGGGGCUUGUUGGGCAGGAAUUGACCUGA